CUAACAGUUUUUUCUACUUACUAGUAAAAAGUAUCAAGUAUAAAUAACUUAAAUACUCGUUCAAUCAUUAUAUAUUUGUUUUGUGUAACAGAUUUUAAACAACCAAACUCAAUAUGAUAAUCAAAAAGACAUUAUUGGUAUCAGUAUUUGUAUUUUUCGGUUGUAUGUUUUCAAUCAAUAAGGCUUCUGAUGAUGCAGAUAAAGGGGAUAAGGAAUUAAUGUCAAAAUUAUUCACAGUGGUUUUUAAAUGCUUUAAGGAUGCUGAUUGGGGCACGUGCGGUGAAAUGGUAACGACUAAAUAUGAUAUAACUCAAGCUAAAUAUAAACAAUGUACAUGUCACAUGGCAUGUGCCGGGGAAGAACUUGGAAUGAUAAAUAAAGAUGGACAAUCUGAACCUUCCAAAUUCCUCGAAUAUGUGAACCGUAUCAAUAAUUCUAGUAUUAAGAGUCAAUUGCAACAUAUUUAUGACAAAUGUCAAAAUGUCAAAGGUGUGGAGAAAUGUGAUCUAGCAGAGCAAUUUGCUAUAUGUGCUUUUAAGGAAUCACCAACACUGAAGGAUCGCGUGACUACGUUGAUUGAAAUGCUAGUGAAGAUGAAACCAAAAUCGAAAUAAAUCUCUACAGUCACCCAGUUUUAUAUAGUUUUCCAUUUUCAUAUCUGUUUGACUUAAUAAUAUUAUGUAGGUACUAUUAAAAUUUUCAG